GUCUUCCAAAACUCAAUUUUGCGUAAUCAUUCUUGAUCAGGUCGAAACGGUGAUUUGAAAGUCGUGUGUUCCACGUAUAUAAUUUUAUAUCCAGAACAAUGAAUAUCAACGAUCUGCCUCGUGAAAUUUUGAUAAAAGUUUUUCGAUUUCUGAAUGGAAGAACCUUGAAAAAUGCAACAUUAACAUGCAAACUGUGGAACAAUUUAAUCGAAUCAGAAUGUCGAUGGUCAUCAGUACCGGACUGGCUCGAAAAAGCCCAUCGGGGGUUCCAUGCAACUCAAUUUAAAAGGACCCACAAAUUAAAAAUUCUCUUACAAAAAUCCAAAAGGCCCAUCGGGAAUCCCCCGAAUUCACCGUAUGGCCAGUCCGGGCCUGAUGGUAAUUGCAUAUGUUCUACGAUAAGGAUGGUAAUCUUCGGUCCAAGUAUCCUCCUGUCAGUGCAGUACAGAAGAUUAAUUUUAUCCUGGCCACCAAUCGCAAAUUCGGCACUUAUUGACAAACUUAUUGCAUUUGCUGAACUUCUGCGUCUCAUGCCAAAUUUGAAGCACGUCGCUAUAAAAACGAAAAAUUUGAACUGUGCACCCGAUGUGCUAUUGGAUCAAGUUUUACCGGAUCUCAACAAAUUGAAAACACUGGAGAUGUCUGUCAAUGAUCGACGAAUCAUUAAGUGCUUCAGAAAAGCAAAACUCACAACAAUAAAAAUUGAGGAAGACCAUUUGGAACAUCAUCAUUACGGUCCAUUGGUAGAUUUCCUUGCAUCGCAGGAGAUGUUGACGUCAUUAAUUUUUGACGGCUAUUUCUCUUUGUUGCUGGAUGAGGUGGGAAAAUUGGAUGUUUCAUUUCAGUUGACGAAAUUAGCGGUUACAGGCACGCGCGGUCUAAGUUCAUUGGAUGAUAGCGAACACUUAUUGAGAUUUGUUAAAUCGCAGGCGGAAAAUUUAACAAAACGUAAAUUAGGAUUUGGUUGCCCUAGUUCGGUGUAUGACUGCUUAUUUGCCAGUAUGCCGAAAUUAGACACUGUGAGUUUGAUAAUCGACGGAAUACCCCGGGACAACGACUUUUACGAACGAUUGAAAGAGAAUGGCAAUGUUCGUACUUUGAAAAUGCUGGAUUAUGGGAAGUAUGCGUGCUUUUUGGACGAUGUUCAAUUCGUCGGCAAUUUUUUCGAAAAACUUCCAAACAUACGACUCAUAUCUCAACAGCGACGAUAUCGAUCAAAUAACGACCAACGUUGAUCUACAGAGCAUACGGCUUGGUAUCGGUUUUGUGGCGGACGAUCGAUUCUUUGAAACUAUUCGGUUUUGGAAUUACAUAAAUCUUGCAUGAAUGACACGGAAUUGAGGGAGAGCGUGGAAAUCAAUGUGCUUCGAUUGUGCGAUGAUAU